UGUGAGGUUGUACACAUCUUCAAACUGUCACAUUGUAGAAGAACAACAUGAGCCCUUUGUUUCUUUUCUUAAGGGAACUAACGUCACCCACAAGGUCCAGUCUUCAUGACCAGAUCCUCCUACCAAGGUUGUGAGAACGGAACUGUGAAAAAGAGGGCGCAUAGAGAAGAGGUGUGUAGUGGUCAGGAAAGGGUGCCUUGGGCAAUCAAAUUAUAUGAAACACCAUUAGGUGUGACGAAUCCUUGGAUGCAAUCUGCAAUUGCUGCAUUUCUGGCUUCUCCCCGGGCCUGGCUGGGAAGGACUCAAACACAUCUGGAACAAGGACAGUGCUCUGUUUCUUCUGUCAACCCAUUAGUGGCUGUUCCUCAUAAUGAUUCCGGUAUAGUCAGAAAAUUGAAUGGUCUUAAAAAUAAAAAUGUGUCUGGAUCCUGUGUCGGAGCUGGGAUGUUCAAUUCCAUUUGCUUCUGUCCUGGGCAAAUGUCUGUGCCUCCCUCGGACCACGGAGUCUGGCUCCAGGUGCUAUUGAGGCUGUCAACACCCUGGAACCUCCCAAGCUCCUACAGGUUCUGCCAUAAAUGUCAAUUGGUAACUCCAGAGUCUGUGCUGCCUGACCAGUUUGUACCAGUCACAGGGAAUCACGUAUCCGGGUAUGGUGCUACCAUCUCCUGCCGGCUUUCUUUCACCUUUGGGAAGAAGAGGCGCUACCCUUACUUCCCGGGCUUUGUUAUUGCCUGGAAUAGAUACUGUCCCCCGAGAAUCUGUUGCUGUGGUUCCCAGGACAGCUGA